CGAAAGUAGCUAUAGCACUGCCUACGUGGCUCGAUCUACCGCAAGGGCAUGUCCCAUGGCUCCGAAUACCAAUGACAGCGAAAGAUGGAACACUGCAGAGGGGAGGUGUUCAGCAUUCAUGGCAGAAGGGGAAUCGGGAUGAUAGUCAUGAUACUCCCUCCACAGUGCACAGAGAUCAACUCGGGAGACCAACUGUGUACAAUGAUCUUGCACUCUGCCCAUCACACACUCACAAUAUUCCCUUGAAUAGGACCUUCUGGUAUUAAAAGUCAUUAACUGCAAACUGGAGAUGUGUGACCCUAAAUCCUCCAAAGACUUUGUUCCUCAAGCCUUGACAGAUACUGAACUUCAACUCCAGGCAGACUAUGGCCCUCAACCCCUAGCAGACACUGGCCCCCAACCUCAUACAGACACCAGCCCCCAACCCCAGGCAGACACUGGCCCCCAACCUCACACAGACACUAGCCCUCAACCCCUGGCAGUCACUGGCCCCGAACCUCAUACAGACACCAGCCCUCAACCCCUGGCAGACACUGGCCCCCAACCUCAUACAGACACCAGCCCUCAACCCCAGGCAGACACUGGCCCCCAACCUCAUACAGACACCAGCCCUCAACCCCAGGCAGACACUGGCCCCCAACCUCACACAGACACCAGCCCUCAACCCCUGGCAGACACUGGCCCCCAACCUCAUACAGACACCAGCCCUCAACCCCAGGCAGACACUGGCCCCCAACCUCAUACAGACACCAGCCCUCAACCCCUGGCAGACACUGGCCCCCAACCUCAUACAGACACCAGCCCUCAACCCCAGGCAGACACUGGCCCCCAACCUCACACAGACACCAGCCCUCAACCCCUGGCAGACACUGGCCCCCAACCUCAUACAGACACCAGCUCUCAACCCCUGGCAGACACUGGCCCCCAACCUCAUACAGGCUCCAGCCCUCAACCCCAGGCAGACACUGGCCCCCAACCGAAGGCAGAUACUGACCCUCAACCUCAUUCAGACACUUGCCCCCAACCUCAUACAGACACCAGCCCUCAACCCCAGGCAGACACUGGCCCCCAACCGAAGGCAGAUACUGACCCUCAACCCCAUUCAGACACUUGCUCGAAACCCCAGGCAGAUACUUGCUCUCAACCUCAGGGAAAAAUGGACCUGGUACACCAGGCAAACACUGAUCCCCGUUCACCCCGAUAUGCUGAUCCUAGGCCUGACACAGAGUCAAGCAGAAUUCUAAAGUUUGAUGCAGUUUUACUAUUUGCAGAAGAGGAUUAUGAGCUGGCACAUAAAAUACAGACUAAGAUGAAUGACAUUGUAUUGGAAGAUGGACAGAAGGCAAAAGUAUGGUUAUAUGAUCAUCCACAGUUUGGGGCUGUAAUUCCUGACAAAGCCAGUGAAGUGAAAAGGAAAUGUAAUAUCGCCUUUGUAUUACUUACAAAGAAUACAAACUCAGACCAGAAAUGCUGUUAUAUUUCUAAAGAAGCAGCAAUGGAUGCUUGUCUUGGCCAGGAAGAUCCUGAAAGUCCACAUAUUGUAUUCCCUCUGCAUACCAAACCUAAGAGUGAGCGUGAUUAUGUCAUUCCUAAAGGAUUUGUAAGUUCAGACCAUUAUGACUGGUUUGAGCCCUUGCCUAAUUGUGAGGAGAAGAUUAAAGUCCUGUUUGAUCAUUACCGAAAACCUGCUCACCUCCGAUCAGGACAUGGCAGUAUUGGAAAUCAGAACCAACAGAGCAGUUUGGAUGGAAAUGCCAGUGACAACAAAGUCAACUCUGCUGCUCCAGAAGAAACAUUCCAACUAAGGCGAAUCAAGGAACAAACUCGCUCGAUUCUUGAGGAGUGUCCUACACUGUUCUGCCCAACCAGAGCUAUCAGGGAUGCUCGAGAAACACUGAAGAAGGAAGGGUCAGUUUUCCUUGUUGGACGAUCAGGAGAUGGGAAAACAUACAGUGCAUACCACAUCCUCAUAGAACUGAAGAAGGAAAACCCAUCCUAUGAGAUAUACAUUGUGUCCAAACCUGAGGAUAUGGAGCAUAUACCACCCAAAAACUCUGUUGUAUUUAUCGAUAAUAUAUUUGGUGCUAGCAGCUUUUCAUCUGUUCUUUUUGAAAAGUGGAGGGAGUGUUUUAGAUAUAUGGAGGGUUAUGUUAAAGCAGGUCAUAUGUAUUUUAUUUCAGCUUCACAAAACCAUGUGAGAGAUGAGUGCAUGAGUCAACUGGACAACCUUCCCUUACUGGCUCACAUCAUUGAUAUGUCAGAUGAGUAUUGUUUAAGUGUUCAAGAAAAAGAAGCCAUGUUGACAAAAUUCCUGCACCAUUAUAAGGUCACUAUGACUGAAAAAGACAAACAGAAGGCUGUACAUUCAAAAUUGACUUUAGGCUUUCCUCAGUGCUGUAAGAUGUAUGUGAUGAACCCUGAAGCACAAGCACAUGGACCAACAUUCUUUGAAGGAUCAUUCCCCUUUCUCAGCAAUCAGAUCAAGAAACUGAAGUCAAGUGCAACUGAUUGUGAUAAACAUUUGUAUUUGGUUCUUGUAAUGGGUAUUUUUGAAAAGGGAAAAAUAUCUUUUGAAAGGUUUGACCCUUUUUCAAAACCAAGUGAAUCCCAAAUCACUCCUGAAGUCAUAAUGCAGGUCUGUGGUAUUGAGAAAAAGAUAACAAAAGAUGAUGUGGUAAGUGCCUCACACAAGCUGUGUAAAAUGGGAUACCUAAGAUGCAUUGAAGUAAAUGCCUUGUAUGUGUUUUCCCAUCAAUCUAUCUAUGAUGCUGUUGCUGUCAUAUUUGGAAAAGUGUACACACAACAGAUUAUUGACUUAUGUCCUUUAAAAUUCCUUUUGGAACAUACGACAGUUUCAGAUGGGAGUCAGGUGGAAAAAAUGAGUGUUAUAACUGUUAAAUCUGAACCUCUCAUUAAAAGAAUAAUAACAGAACUUCAGCGUGGAGAAUUCAGUGUAUUAGGGCUUAGUGCUCUACAGAAGGAACCAUUUGUGACUGAACUCUUUUUUCAUGAAUUGUUUUCGCAAACAGUAAAGGAUGUAUUGGACAAUUUUCCUAUGGCCCAAAAACUUGUGGAAUCAUAUAUUCUAUACUUUUUAACAGCAUCAAAGAAGUAUACAAUGUUCAUGAAGAGGUUUCUAGAGGCGUUAGAGAAAUUCCGCAAAGAUAAAAGUGUUCAAGAUACCGUGUGCUAUAGCCAAGUUAGUGCUCUAUCAAAGAUAAGAAACAGAGCAUUGCAUCAAAUCCUAGAGGGAUCUUGCACUGCUGGGGAUCUUAUAAUUUUUGGGAAGGUGUUUUCAAUGAAAAUGAUAGCACCCUGUCAGCAGUGUAUUUUGAAAGCAGCUGAUAGUCCAGUGGAUCAUCCUGAUAUAAUGACAAGGCUCCUUUUGAAAUUGUCCUUAGAAUAUGGUACAAUGGAAAGAGUUGUAAUCUCACUUAUUGAGAAAAAAAGACCAAAUACACUGAAAAGGAUAUCUAAAUCAAUCACAUGGAAUCUUUUUAGAGGAAAAAUAAAACAGAAAAAUCUGUUUACAUUAGCUUGCUUAAGAGGAGAUUUUGAGAUGUUUCAGCUGCUCACGGAAAUGAUUGGACCACCAUAUUUGAAACAAGACCUUUUGUUUCCAGCUGUAAAUGGUGGUAACAUGGAUAUUCUUGAAGCCAUAAUUACAGAAGACAAUGUAAACAUUGUGGACACUCAUGGUAGAACUAUUCUACAUCAUGCCUGCAUGAAAAGGCAAGACCUUUGUGAAUUCUUGAUUAAGAAGGGAAUAGACCAAGAGGUAAGGGACAAUGAAGGAGCUCAAGCCUUCCAUAGAGCAUGUCAAUAUAUGGAUGAAAAAUCCAUUAGCAAUCUGAUAAAUCUUGGAUUGAAGGUGACAGUUACAGUUGAUGGAAAUAAACGGUUGUCUCCCCUACAUAUGGCUGCUAACAGUGACAAGGGGGCAUCCUUGGUUGGACUAUUACUGAAAGAAUGUUCUGAAAGAAAAGACAUGAUUAAUUUCUCAAAUACAGACGGACUGACACCAUUACACAUUGCAAGCAGGCACCCUCAUGGCAGGGACUUUAUCAUUGAGUUGAUGACGAGAAAAGCAGACCAUUCACUCAAGGACAUGACAGGAAAGACUGCUUUGCACUGUGCAGCAGCAGAAAUGAUUCUAAGUAACAUUGUGGCUCUGAUAGAUAACAGUGCUAAUGUUAAUGCUGUUGAUAACUCUGAAAGAACACCGCUGCACCAUGUUCUUGACAAGAGAAUUGAAACCAGAGAUGAAAUGGAAGCACAAAGAGACUCAGUUGUGCAUCUGCUGAAGCAUGGUGCAGAUGUUUUGCUUGUUGAUAAGAAUGGGAAUACAGCUAUGCAUAUAGCAGGGCUUUGCAACACCCCAACAGAGACAUUUAAAAAACUCACUGAAAAGCAUGUAUCAUUUGACCUUAAUAAUGAUGGUUUUUCAGCUCUUCACCUGAUGUUUAUAUCGAAUGCAUCGGUUGAAUUUGUGACACAGUUGGUUGAAAAGUACCCUAAGUUACUUAAAAUCAACUCCAAAUCUGGAGAAUCAGUUCUGCACAUUGCCCUAUCCAGUUUCGCACCAUUUAAUAUGUUCAGAUUGUUGACAGACAAAAUUCCUUGUGCAAGAGAAUCAGUUGAAUGGAAGAAUAUUAAAUUUCAAGCCCUGUUUCGAUAUGAAUCAGAGGAAGUGAUUUGUUUCUUGGAACAAUGUGCAGAAUAUUUCCCCAAACCAGCUCCAGCAGAUCUCUUGCAUUUUCUCUGUGACAGCAAUAUGUCAGAUGAGUCCUGGACACGCGGAAUGGAUUGUCUAGAAGUGGAUAAAUCAUCCCUUUCUCGAGAGAAUGUUCAGUGUCUAUUACACAAAGUUUAUUCAUCAGCAGCAAAGAUUGCCUAUCUUGUUGAGAACGGGGCGAAUGUAAAUGCCAAGGACAGUAAGGGAAACACACCUUUACAUGUUUCAGCAGCACAAGGAAGUCAUGAAGGAGUUGUGGCCCUAUUGAAGGCUGGUGCUGACAUCAACUUAUUCAAUGACAAUAAAGAGACUGCCCUUCACAUGGCUUUGUUGGGUAUUGAAUUGGAUUUUCAGAAUUAUAACCCAUUUACCAUAGACCCCAUGUUUUUAUUCUCAGGUGUACUUGGUGCCCAGAUUCAUACUGACAUGGACAUGUGGAAUAAGCAUUCAAAACUCCUUCUGGAACAGAAGUUCUCAGCUCCUAAGAAUGACAGCCAGUCUUUGCUUGAAUUACUGGUAGAAGCUGGUGGAAAUUUGGAUAUGACAACAAAUAAUGGAUUUACCUGUCUCCACUUUGCCUGCUUGAGUGGGGAUAACAUUGCAGUGAGUUACCUCCUUAAGUGCAUGUCACCUUGGCUUGCCAAUCCUAAGGAAAAGAAAUGUGAGGUUAUGAAAAAAAGCAAGGGGGUAGAUCAAAUUGACAGAGAAAAUAACAUUCUUUUCAAAGAGAGUAAUGAUGGCAUGCUCCCAAUACACUGUGCUGUGAUAAGUGGUAACCUGGUUGUUGUGAAACUGGUGACUGAAGCUAUGAAAGCUGUGGCGGGUAAAAAGCUAGGUAAACAUUGUGAUACUAGUCAGAUUAAACAGACCAAGAAACACAAAACAACAUACCGGUAUGUACCUGUAACUCCAAGAAUGGAGGGUAAAGGUAAACUGGUUAGAGCAAGAAGUCAAGGAGUGAGCCCCUCUACGAUUGGAAGUGAACAGUCAAAGACAUGCAAGAGUCAAUCCACACCAAAACCUGGUUACAGUGAUAGUCAACAGCCAAAUCUCCAAACGACUAUGGUAACUCAUGAGAAAAAGAACAAGAAAACACUACUUCAGUAUGCUGUUCAAUUCAGCACUGUUGAUAUUAUGCAGUUUCUUUUGAAAGAAGGAUGGGAUUUGAACCAAGCAGAUGAGGAUGGUAAUACACUCUUACAUUAUGCAGCCAGGUGUAAUAGAAGGGAAGUAAUGGAGUAUUUGAUCAAAAAAGAGCUUGAUGUUAAUUGUUUCAACAAGGAAGGUUUGACACCAUUACAUGUUGCAACAGAGAGUCAUCACAAUCAAUGGCAAUGCAUUGAACUGCUACUGGGACAUGGUGCUUGUGUCACUGAUUCUACACAGAAGGAGAAGAGAAACCUCUUACAUCUUGUAUGCAAAAACUCACCGGUUUCGCUCAUAGCAUAUAGCAUGCAUAUUCUUGAUGUAGAAGUUAAAUAUUCAUUAACAUUGAUGCCACUACCAUGGUUACUGAUUGAGAAAGGCUGUGAUGUGAAUGGCAAAGAUGUAGACAACAUGACACCUCUCCACUUUGCUGCAGAGGCUAAUAACGCUGAGCUGGUUGGCAUCCUGCUGGAAAAUAAUGCAAACAUUGAUGCUGUGGAUAUUCAAGGCAGAACACCGCUACAUAUAGCACUACAAAAUUCAACUGCCUUUCAUCCUUUCAUUCGGUAUUCUGCUGCUUUACUUUUAGCACAACAGGAUGCUAACCCUCAUGCCAUCGUCCGCUGUGGCGAGACACCCAUUGAUAUACUGAUGGCAAUGGACAAAAGUAUAAUAAAAAUGAGUGAAGACUUACAGAAGAUCUGCCAGUUGUUUAAGAUCAGAGAGGAAGUGAGACCAACCUAAGAGUACCUUCAUGCAUUGAUCUUAUUUUACCGCUUUGUUCUUCCAGUCAUAUUAGAAUAAUUGUUUCAUGACAUUUGGGAUGUUGUGUUUCUAAGCAUUCAUGCAGUUUGUCUCCUUUAGAACUCCCAAGACCGAUGCAGUGGUUGUUCAGCAGAUUGGGAUGAGGGUUUGGUGUAAUGAGUUCAUGAUGUUCUCCUCUGUCACUCCCUUUUGAAACUUGCGUCCUUUAUCAUUAUGGACCCCAAAAAUAAAAAAAGUAAUGUCUUCAUUUUAUUGAAAAACAGUAAACUACAUUUAUAAUGAAACACGUUUAUAACAAACUGUUCUUUUGGUCCCGUCCAUUUGCCAUAUAUUUUAUCAUAUAAAGUUGAUUGACAUAACGAACACCCUCAUAAAGGAUAUAGCGAAAUCACCUUGCGGUCACGUCUGUACUCUGUCAACGGUUAUAUUUAAAUGUAUAACAAACUGUUAAUCCCUGAGCUGAGCUCGUCAUGUAUCACCAAUCUGCCUAUCAAAACAUCUGAGGUCAAAACGCUGCUUUUCAAAUCGUCAAUAAACAAUUGAAGGAAUGAUUUACUCUUAAGUGGUGAUAUCUUGUCCGCAAAUUACACCCUCCAUUAUCAAUAGUAGCACAUUGAUUGAAGUGGAUAUAUUCUGUACAUAGCACACUUUUGUUAUUUAUUGAGUAACAUGAUGUCAGACAUCGUAAAAGAUGUCUGAAGGUCGAAAUGCGUAUAACAAAUGACGGAUACAACAAACUAAAAAUUAGUGGUCCCUUCGAGUUCGUCAUAACCGUAGUUUACUGUAUAUGUAUAUUGAACAUAGCAACUUUGCAAGUUUAGGGCAAUUUAUGAUUGUGGGUUUGAAUUCCGGUUCGCCCCUGCCCUUGGGUUUCACAGAAGUGAUAAACGUCUUAGACCUGCUUCAAUUCUGGCUUUCCUCACCCGUUCAGCUUGAAACGCCAUUAUAUAACUGGAAUACUGUUAAAAGUGGCGUUAAACCCAACUCACUAACUCACUCACUCAUGGUGUCAAUCACUGGACUGUCUGGUCCAGACUCAAUUAUUUACAGACUGCAGUCAUAUUGCUGGAAUAUUGCUGAGUGCUGUGUUAAACAACAAGAAAACACAGAAGGUGAAAUUAAAAUGUGACACACACCCUAUCCCCCUUUGAAAAAUCAUUAUAUUGAAGCUUUUAAUUUGAAAUGUGACAUCCCACUUUGAAAAAGCAUUAUCUUGAAGAUAAAUACAUGUACCUCAAAUGUGACACCCCUCUCCCCCUUACAAAAUCAUUAACUGAAAUUAAAAAAAUUACAUGUUUUAUGUACUUUAAUCAUGGGUAAACUAGGUAUGUUGAAACAUUCUGCAUAUCUCCUAUGCAUAGCAGCAAUUUGCAGAUUAGAUAAUAUUGUUUCAGCUUAUUUUUCAUGUGGACAUUUGGUCAUAACUUUAUGUGUAUGGUAUGCAUCCUCAUAAAUUCAGGUAUGCAUGUUUGAAUGUCUUAUAGCAUGUUGAUAUAAUCUUAAGCUUCCAUGCAGUGUGAAUGCUCAAAAACUGUUCAAAAGCACUUUGAUUCGCAAUGUUUCUAAAGUAACUAUAAAAUGACAAACUUCAUAAGCUGCAUAAGUAUGGAGCCAUGGCAGUCAGGAUGGAUGAUUACAUGUUCCUGAAGUGUUUCUGAAUAUCAUCUCCAUCUAAUUGUUUGGAGUGAUCAUUUUGUUAUGACAUUUUGUGCUUGUCUUAUAUUAUAUCACCUGUGGACUGCCAAAUAUGAGAUUUCCAAUGAGGUGUCUGAGGCAGUGGCUGCAUAUUCUGUAGUUGUUAUAGUGCUCAAUACACUUCACACACAGACUCAAUAUUCAGCACAAAAGCAUCCUGACAGUUGCCUCAUGAUACCAUAGUCACACCCAGAUGAGAACACUCUCUUGCAUUAUUAUAAUAUUGUGAUAUAAAAUUAAAUUAUCUAUAAAAAAUGGUUCUUUUCAGUGUUGUGGCUUAAGCCUGUGAUAAUGUUAACUAUGUUGUACAUAUUAGUCUCUUAAUAUAUGCAGCCUCUGUGAGAGGUGGCUCAUCAUUUUGCUUCGCUGUAGUUUUUUGCGAAAAGAAUUAUUAGAAUGCUGCACAUAACUGUCCAUCCAUUCAUUCUUGUUGGCAUGUCUGUUAAAGAGCGAUUCAAUUUAUAGUAAUGCUUCAUGCAAUUAGCAAUUAUCUGGACUAGUAAGCUCACAGAUGCUGUGAAUGAAGCUUGUUUCAGAAAUAUAAUACAUGUAGUUGCUUACACAGAUAAACCCAUGUAGGUCUCAAAAUAGGUCUCAAAUAUGUAUAUAGUAGUGAAUGUAAAUACCUGUAAAUAUCUUCCCAAUAUUUAAAUAAGUAGUAACAUGUUUUACCUCAUAUUUGACAUACUUUAUUAAUAUUCUGAAGUGUUUCUUAUCUACACUUUGUUAAACAUACUAACCUAAUUGUAUGUCCUGUGUUUUUAUGUAUACAAUUCAAUAACCUGUACAUAGUUUGAGUAUAGUUUUUAGAUGCCUUUGCAUCUUAAAUCUUAUGUUUGUAAAGUCACACAUAUGUAAUGUUAACAUGCAAGAUCAUCAUAAUAGUUUCAUACAAAAGAUUUCAGUUUAUAUUAAACUAGUGAUUUAGUAAAUAUUUAAUGAAACAGCAAUUGUAUAGCUAUGCAUAGUUCAUGAUGGCAAUGAUUGAACAAAUACACUCAGGCUACUAUUUUAUUUGGCUUAUGGAUCUGCUAACACUAAAUACUGAGAAUAUGGAAAGUAAAUGUAAAAAAAUAUAAAAAAUUAGAAAUUGUUCAUCACUGCUGACCAGAAUAAAGAAAUAAAAGAAUAAAAAUAUAUUUAUAUAUUUGCCAUCCAAACUUGCAUUUCUCACCCCUCCUUGUCAUUUAUAACGCAGUUAAAACUAAUAUGCAGUUCACAGAGAAUAAAUGUCAUGUAUCUUUAAGUAGUCUAAAAGAACUAGCUCCAUUGUCACAGUUUUAAAGGGCAAAGCUCAUAUACAGGUGUAUGUCAUGUCAGAAUUCCAUAUGCCAACUUAAUUUUUUUAAUUUUUUUAUUUCCCCCACCAAGCCUGUUUGUUUUUUAAAACCAAUAAACCAAACUAAUAAAUAAGGAGGCCUUAUCUGCUUUGGGUUUUAAUUGAUAUGCUGGUAUACACUUGGGUUUGCUAUUAGAGGCCAUCUUUGAGGUGACAUUUGGAGGCUUCAAAUACAAUUUGAUAUUGCCUGUAUGCUUUGAUUUCAUAUUUUCUUACAUUUUCAUUGACUUUCACAAAACUUAUUUUUUUAUGGAAUUUCUAAAAACAUUUUUUUUAUGGCAAUUAUCCUGGCAAAUUGACAGGUGGACAGUUUUGUCAAAUCUGCUGCCUAAUUAGAUGCAUUCCUUUCAUCAGUAAAUAUUUGUUUUGUAAUGAAAUAUAUUUUUUUAACAAUUGUAGAACAUUCUCUGAAUGCAUAUAUUUUUCUAUGUUGAUGUUUGUUUUGAGAUUGUAUAUAAUGUGAUUAAAAGCUCAAUGUCA